CGCCCGCACUUCGAUCGAAUCGGACGUGUUUGCACUUCUCCUCCGCCGUUUGCUCGCGUGUUUUCUGUUGUUCGCCCGCCGCAUCCGCCCCCGCCCCCUUCGCCGGAAUCGAGUGAUAUCCGCCUGUGGAAGACCAAAGCCAUGUCGAAAUCCAUUCUCGUUUUCUCGUGCCUUCUGCUGGUGGCCAUCAGCAACAGCCUGGUCCGGGCUGAGGAUCUGAAAGUGGAGGUGAUCAGCACGCCGGAGGUGUGCGACCAAAAGUCCAAGAACGGCGAUUCCCUCACCAUGCACUACACUGGAACCCUGCAGGCCGAUGGCAAGAAGUUCGACUCGAGCUUCGACCGCGACCAGCCCUUCACAUUCCAAUUGGGCGCCGGCCAGGUGAUUAAGGGUUGGGAUCAGGGUCUGCUCAACAUGUGCGUGGGUGAGAAGCGCAAGCUGACCAUCCCUCCCCAGCUGGGCUACGGUGACCAGGGUGCGGGCAACGUGAUCCCGCCCAAGGCCACACUCCUGUUCGACGUGGAGCUGAUCAACAUCGGCAACGCCCCGCCCACCACCAACGUCUUCAAGGAGAUCGACGAUAAUGCCGACAAGCAGCUGAGUCGCGAAGAGGUAAUCGUCUAUGUCAGCGAGUAUCUGAAGAAGCAGAUGACCGCCGUGGAGGGUCAGGAUUCCGAGGAGCUGAAGAACAUGCUGGCUGAGAACGACAAGCUGGUGGAGGAGAUCUUCCAGCACGAGGACAAGGACAAGAACGGCUUCAUCUCGCACGACGAGUUCUCCGGGCCCAAGCACGACGAGCUGUAGUGCUCAGUGAUGGGGGUUCUUGGUUUGCCGCCAACAUCGAAGGGACACGAGUGCUUAAGUUAUAUAAAACCCAAAUAUAUACACAAAACUAAACCAUAUACAACAGAUGAGGCGCGAGCCGAGCAAUAAAUCGAGCGCAACCAAUGCUUCCCGAUGUCAUUUUGUAUAUAGCAUACAUAUCAGCAUCAGCAUCUAAACAUCAAUACAUUAGAGGAGGAGUGCAUUGUUUAGUUUGUGUGUCUGCAACCCCGGUACUAGACGUAGUUUAAAUUAUGUACAAUCUGAGAGAGAAUGAACAUCAUUUUUAUAUA